CCUCAAUCUCAGUCUGCCAAAAAGUCAACGUCAAGUCAGCCAUUCUGUCAACGCAUAGCGCGGUGCGCUUGUAUCACGACCACUCUAUUUUCCUUUAUAAUUAAUAAUGUCCACCCUUCCGAAAUCAACACCUCUUGUUGCUCCCGGACACACACGUCCAGUCACGCACCUCUCCUUUUCUCCAGUCCAUGACGAUGGCACGUAUCUACUCAUCUCCAGUUGUAAAGAUGGAAAUCCGAUGUUGAGGGAGUGGACCGGCGAUUGGAUUGGAACCUUCCUAGGACAUAAAGGUGCUGUCUGGAGUACCAAAAUCUCCCCAGAUGCAGCAAGAGCAGCUUCUGGUAGUGCUGAUUUUACGGCAAAGGUUUGGGAUACAUACUCUGGAAAAUGCUUACAUUCCUUUCCCCAUAAUCAUAUUGUUCGAAGUAUCGCUCUCUCCCCAACGUCGUCGCAUCUGUUAACUGGAGGUCAAGAGAAGAAAGUCAGGAUAUUCGAUCUCAAUCGACCUGAUGCCGAACCUGAUUUUCUGACGGAGGGUGGUGCCCUCGCACACGAAAAAACCGUAAAAAGUGUCGUCUGGGUUGGUGAACAUACUGGCGUUACUGCUGGUGAAGACGGUAUGAUAAAGUGGUGGGAUCUUCGAGCGCGGACAUUGGCAACGAGCGUCACGUUUCCAAAUCCAAUCACCUCCAUGGAGCAUUCCCCUCAGACGGGACGACUUGUGGUGACGUCUGGAAACACCGUCGCAUUCAUUCAUGCGAUACCUUCAAAUAACGGCGUUCCCUCGCAUACUCUCAAUCUCCCCUAUUCUCCGUCAUCCGCGUCGAUCCACCCUAUCCUCCAAGAUCGCUUUGUGACCGGAAAUCAAGGGGAUGAGUGGGUCCGAGUCCACGGGCUGGAUGGAGAAGAGCGUGAAGUUCUCAAAGGGCAUCACGGACCCGUCCAUUGUGUUGAAUUCAGCCCAGACGGUGAAAUGUUUGCGAGCGGAAGUGAGGAUGGAACUAUUCGAUUAUGGCAGACAACGCCGGGCAAAUCUUACGGCUUAUGGCAAGGGCAGACGAACGGUGGCUAGAAAAUGGAAUGUUCGAGUGGAUAUGUACAAUUGUGCUUCCUUAUUGCUAUGCCUGCAUGACUACUUAUAAUAUCGACUGUUUCGCCACGAGCAUUCAUUUGGCUGCAAAGUGCCGACUGG